CCCUCGCUGUGCUGUGUCCCGCGUCACUGCUGCUUGGUCGGGUUCCUCAUGAAAGUCUGACCGCCCCAACUAUUUCUUAAACCUCUCAAUCUUCUCACAGACACCAGUUCGCAGAACCUCGAGCACUUUGCACAUAUCUGUCACCUUGAUUCGCCCAAGUUCUUAAGUUCAAUCCCCCACCCAACUCUCAACAUGGUCAAAGCUGUCGUGCUCGGUGCCUCUGGCGGCAUUGGUCAGCCAUUGUCUCUUCUUUGCAAGAUCUCUCCCGUCAUCGACGAACUCGCACUGUUCGAUGUGGUCAACACCCCCGGUGUCGCAGCCGAUCUCUCACACAUCUCCUCUGUCGCUAGCAUUGGCGGCUACGUCGCAGCUCCAGGUGACUUCAAGGGAGAGAAACCAGAGACAGAAGAAGCAAAAAAGGCGGCUUUGACAGGCGCAGACAUUGUCAUCAUCCCCGCCGGUGUCCCUCGCAAGCCUGGCAUGACUCGGGACGACCUGUUCAAGAUCAACGCAGGAAUUGUCAAGGGCCUCAUUGAAGCCUGCGCCAAAUACUGCCCCAAGGCAUACAUCUGUGUCAUCUCAAACCCCGUCAACUCCACCGUCCCAAUCGCCGCCGAAGUUCUGAAGGCAGCUGGUGUCUUCGACCCUCGGAGGCUGUUUGGUGUCACCACUCUCGACGUCGUCCGUGCUCAGACCUUCGUGGGAGAAAUCAUUGGUGAGAAAGACCCAAGAAAGCUGAUUAUCCCUGUCAUUGGCGGUCACUCUGGCAACACCAUUGUGCCGCUGUUCAGCCAAGCCAAGCCUCCCGUCAACAUCCCAUCAGACAAACUGGAUGCUUUGGUGCACCGUGUCCAAUUCGGUGGUGACGAGGUUGUCAAGGCCAAGGAUGGUGCUGGGUCCGCAACUCUGUCCAUGGCAUAUGCCGGUUUCAGGUUCGCCGAAGCCCUGAUCAAGGCAGCCAAGGGUGAAAAGGGCAUCAUUGAGCCAACGUUCGUCUAUCUCCCUGGUGUCCCUGGUGGUGAUGCAAUUGCCAAGGCAACUGGCUGUGAAUACUUCUCCGUUCCUGUAGAACUCGGACCCGACGGCGCAGAGAAAGCAAUCGACAUCCUCGGAAGCGCCAAUGACUAUGAGAAGAAGCACCUUGAGGAAGCGAUCAAAGGUCUCAAGACCAACAUCGAGACUGGUAUCAGUUUCGUGAAGAACCCACCCAAGUAGGAUGUGAGCGACUUCUAAUUCCCCAGAACGAGCCUGCCUGCCUGCCACGCAGUUGUUCGGUCGUUGGACAUUGUUGCGAGCGCGAAAAAGUGAGCCGGGCCACGGAGACUGACAUGGAGCCAUCGGAGCAGGUUAUGAAAAGCAUGUCUCGAGAAAACCAAGACGGCUGUCCUCGCCAUGACAUAGCUUUUCAGGCUGCAUCCUUGUUGCAGCUUGGAGAUCGCGUAGACAAAAUCACUUAUUCCUACUCUUCACGCUCCGUACAACCACCUCUCUGCGUUUCAAAACAGCAGCCGUGUCUGUCGUUUCUGACUACCAAUUCUGGAGGGUUUGUGCAGGACAUGCCCAUGCAUCAACUUAGCAAUGGACACCAUCCACGUAGACUCAGAGCCCUUCAUCGAAACAUG